AUGGCUGACAAGUACAAGAACCCGCCCCAGGCCCCGCCUACCUUCACGGGAACCAAGGACAGCAUUCUGGCCGACGCCAAGGCCAUCUGCGAUCGCACCCGUGCCAUGCUCGACAAGGUCGUUGCUGACGUGCCGCCUGUGGCCGACGGCAGCAAGACCACCUUCGACGCGGUUUUUGGUCCCCAGGUUGAAGACGAGAACGACGUCUCUCUCUCUGCCCACAUUCUCGGGUUCUACCAGUAUGUGUCCGCAGACAGUGAGCUGCGUGACGCCAGCACAGAGGCUACGCGCCUGAUGGACGAGUUUGGCAUCGAGUGCAACAUGCGCGAGGACGUCUUCAAGGUCGUCGACGCCACUGUGCAGACCUACGGCGGUAUAGAUGCCCUUGAGGCGACCGGUGGCAAGGUGGGAGGUGCGGUCACGCCGCUCAACCCGGAGAGCGCUCGCCUUCUUGUCCGUGAGCACAAGGGCUACAUCAAGAAUGGCCUGGGUCUCCCUGCGGGCCCCGAGCGCGACCGCUUCAAGGAAAUCAAGAAGCGCCUGAGCCAGAUCCAAAUCAAUUUCCAGAAGAACCUCAACGAGGAGAACGGCGGUAUUUGGUUUACACGUGAGGAGCUCGACGGCGUGCCGGCCGACUUGAUUGACGGCCUCGACAAAGGUGAGGAGGGAAGCGACAACGCCGGCAAGGUCCGCCUGUCGUUCAAGUACCCCGACUUGUUCCCUGCUCUCAAGUUUGCAAAGAACCCGGACACCCGCCGGCGUAUUUUUAUCGACAACGAAAACAAGUGCAACGGCAACGCUGCACUGUUCCGCGAAGCCGUGCUGCUGCGCGACGAGGCCGCCCGCAUGCUCGGCUACCCGAACCAUGCGGCCCUGCGCCUCGAGGACAAGAUGGCCAAGGACGUCAAGACGGUUGAUGACUUCCUGGGCGAUCUGCGCAACCGCCUGGCUGCUGGCGGUGUCAAGGAGAUUGACCACCUGCUUGCUCUCAAGAAAGCUGACACGACUGAGCUGGGUCUGCCAUUUGAUGGCAACUACUACCUCUGGGACCAUCGCUACUACGACCGCCUCAUGAUCGAGAAAGAGUUCAGCAUUGACGAAAACGAGAUCGCCGAGUACUUCCCGCUGCGUGCGACCGUUGCCGGUAUGCUCAAGAUCUUCGAGGAGCUGUUCGGCUUCGUUUUUGUCGAGCUCGGUCCCGAAGAGCGCGCCCGGAUCAGUCCUACCGGCCGCGCGGAGGACAUUGUGUGGCACGAGGACGUCAUUAUCUUCAGCGUCUGGGACGACAAGUCGGAGGGCGAGGGCUUUGUCGGUUAUCUGUAUCUGGAUCUGCACCCGCGCCAGGGCAAGUAUGGCCACGCCGCCAACUUCAACAUGCAACCCGGCUUCAAGCAGACCAACGGCACCCGCCGGUACCCAGCCACGGCGCUUGUGUGCAACUUCAGCAAGCCGACGCCCACGAAGCCGUCGCUGCUCAAGCACGACGAAGUUGUCACACUGUUCCACGAGCUGGGCCACGGCAUCCACGAUCUGGCCGGCCGCACGGAGUUCUCGCGCUUCCAUGGCACGUCAACCGUGCGUGACUUUGUCGAGGCGCCGAGCCAGAUGCUCGAGAACUGGUGCUGGAGCCCGCCGCAGAUUAAGGCUCUUAGCAGCCACUACGAGUCGGGUAAGCCUAUCCCGGACGCUCUCGUUGAGAAGCUUGUGGCGACCAAGCAUGUCAACGACGCCCUUUUCAACCUGCGCCAGCUGCACUUUGGCAUCUUCGACAUGAUGAUGCACGCACCCGAGUCGCAUGCGGCCCUCGAGGCCCUCGAGAUUAGCAGCGUGUAUAACGACUUGCGCGCCCAGAUUUCAGGCAUCAAAGGGCCCGAGGCCCAGGGCGAGCCGAGCACCUGGGGCAACGGCCAGGCAUGCUUUGGCCACCUGAUCGGCGGCUACGACGCGGGCUACUACGGCUACCUGUACUCCCAGGUGUACUCGACGGACAUGUUCUAUACAGUGUUCAAGGCCAACCCGAUGAACGGCACCGAGGGUCGGCGGUACCGGCACACCGUGCUGGAGCGGGGUGGGUCGCAAGACGAGAUGAAGACGCUGGAGCAGUUCUUGGGCCGCAAGCCUAACGGCGACGCCUUUUAUAAGGACUUGGGUAUUACAGCAUGA